CAUGUUUCUCUUCUUAUUGAAGGUGCAAGAGCAAAAUGUGAGGAAUCCCAGUUUGCGUGUAGUAAUGGACGCUGUAUUCCUUUACUCUGGAAAUGUGAUGGUGAUGAAGACUGUUCGGACGGCAGUGAUGAGACGACUUGCGUAAAGAAGACGUGUGCUGAAUCUGAUUUUGUGUGCAACAGUGGUCAGUGUGUGCCGAACCGGUGGCAGUGUGAUGGGGAUCCGGACUGCGAGGAUGGGUCCGACGAGAGUGCCGAGCUGUGCCAUAUGAGAACGUGCCGGGUAAAUGAAAUCAGCUGUGGGCCUCAGUCAACCCAGUGUAUCCCAGUGUCCUGGAAAUGUGAUGGUGAAAGAGACUGUGACAGUGGAGAAGAUGAAGAGAAUUGUGGCAAUGUGACCUGUAAUCCAUCAGAGUUCACAUGCACUAGUGGGCAGUGUAUUUCCAAGAGCUUUGUCUGCAACAGCCAAGAUGACUGCAGCGACGGUAGUGAUGAGCUGGAGUGCGUGCCCCCAACCUGUGGUGCUCAUGAGUUCCAGUGCAAGAGCUCCACUUGCAUCCCUGUCAGCUGGGUGUGUGAUGACGAUGCCGACUGCUCGGACCAGUCGGAUGAAUCCCUGGAGCAAUGCGGGCGCCAGCCCGCUCCCGCCGUGAAGUGCUCCAUGAGUGAGGUGCAGUGCGGCUCGGGCGAGUGCAUCCACAAGAAGUGGCGCUGUGAUGGAGAUCCUGACUGCAAGGAUGGAAGUGACGAAAUCAACUGCCCUUCUCGGACCUGUAGACCAGACCAGUUCAGAUGUGAGGAUGGGAACUGUAUCCAUGGGAGUAGGCAAUGUAAUGGUGUGAGAGACUGUCUGGAUGGCACUGAUGAAGCCAAUUGUAACAAUGGCAUUCAGUGCUCUGGACCUGGCAAAUUCAAGUGCAGAAGUGGAGAAUGCAUAGACAUCAGUAAGGUGUGUAACCAGCAAAGGGACUGCAAGGACUGGAGUGAUGAACCCCUCGAGGAGUGUAACAUAAAUGAAUGUCUUGUGAACAACGGUGGAUGUUCUCAUAUCUGCAGAGACCUUGUUGUAGGUUAUGAAUGUGACUGCCCUGCUGGUUUUGAACUCAUAGAUAGGAGAACGUGUGGAGAUAUUGAUGAAUGCCAAAACCCUGGUAUUUGUAGUCAAAUUUGUAUCAACCUGAAAGGUGGCUACAAGUGUGAAUGUAGUCGUGGUUAUCAGAUGGAUCUUGCUACUGGAGUGUGCAAAGCAGUAGGGAAAGAGCCAUGUCUGAUUUUCACCAACCGCCGGGAUAUCAGGAAGAUUGGCCUUGAAAGGAAGGAAUACAUUCAGCUAGUAGAGCAGCUAAGAAACACUGUAGCUCUAGACGCUGACAUUGCUGAGCACAAACUCUACUGGGCUGACUUCAGCCAAAAAGCAAUCUUCAGUGCCUCUGUUGAUACCCGUGACAAAGUUGGAAAACAUAUCAAAAUCCUCGAAAACAUACAGAGCCCAGCUGGAAUUGCUGUGGACUGGAUUUACAAGAACAUUUACUGGACUGACUCAGCCACAAAGACCAUUUCAGUGGCUAGCCUAGAUGGCACGAAAAGGAAGGCUCUGAUUUUCUCCGAGCUAAGAGAACCGGCUUCCAUAGCUGUAGAUCCUCUCUCUGGCUUUAUGUACUGGUCAGACUGGGGUGAGCCAGCAAAAAUUGAGAAAGCGGGAAUGAAUGGAUUUGACAGACAGCAGCUUGUGACAACAGAAAUCCAGUGGCCUAAUGGAAUUGCUCUAGAUCUUGUAAAAAGCCGUCUGUACUGGCUGGAUUCUAAGCUGCAUAUGCUCUCCAGUGUGGACUUGAAUGGCCAGGACCGUAGACUUGUGCUGAAGUCGCAUAUGUUUCUUCCCCAUCCUCUGGCUGUAACAAUAUUUGAGGACCGUGUGUACUGGAUUGAUGGGGAGAAUGAGGCAGUUUAUGGUGCCAACAAAUUUACUGGAGCUGAUUUGAUCACUCUAGUGAACAACCUCAAUGAUGCACAGGACAUCAUUGUGUAUCAUGAACUUGUUCAGCCCACAGGCAAGAACUGGUGUGAAGACAAUAUGGUAAACGGAGGCUGCAGCUACCUGUGCCUGCCUGCUCCUCAGAUAAAUGAACACUCUCCAAAAUAUACUUGUGCAUGUCCUGCUGGAUACUUCUUGCAGGAGGAUGGUCUGAGAUGUGCAGGACUCAACAUCAGCGGCACCGUGUCUGAAGUAGCUGCUGCCAGAGGGACGUCGGCUGCUUGGGCUGUUCUUCCCGUCUUAUUGCUGGUGAUGGCUGCAGUGGCUGGCUACUUCAUGUGGCGUAACUGGCAACACAAAAACAUGAAAAGCAUGAAUUUUGAUAAUCCUGUCUAUCUGAAAACAACCGAAGAGGACCUCACAAUCGAUAUGGGAAGACACAGCUGUUCAGUUGGCCAUACCUACCCUGCAAUAUCUGUUGUGAGCACGGAUGACGAUAUGGCGUGAGCUUUGGAUCGGCAAUCACUUCAUGUUUACUUACAUUUUACACUUUUGGGGAUAAUAACCAGGCUUGUGGCUGAGACUUCCUCCAUUCUUGGAAGAAUGAAGAUACUUUCUGUAUGUAUGGAACACUUAUGUAAAUACCUAUUUUAUACAGCUUAGCAACAAACCUUGUAAAUACCUGUCCACAACAAUUCAGCUUUUAGUGGUUACGGUUUUAUCAGUAACCCUUGAAUUGGUCAGUCAGUAACACCACUGGCCAAAUAUAAAGCACUUUCCAUAGAAAGCCAUAUUCCAGCCACAACUUGUGCUAUAUACACCUGUACAUAUGUGUAUAAGUCACUUGUAAAUAUUCCUAGAGAAUCACUAUUAAGCACUUUGAAAUAUUUCAAAUGUAAAUUAUUGUAAACUGUUUUUUUUCAAUGGUUGGGGCAAUGGCAAUAGGAAAAAACGGGUUACUAUGAUUGCCAAAAAUUUGUAAACAUAAGUAAUUUUGUAUGUACGACUGAAACAAUCUUGUUUGCUACCUGGUAGAGGUACACAUGUAUGAAUGCUCUUUAAGAAACCACUGUAAAUCUUAAAUGCAGAGGAGGGGGAAAAAAAUAAAAAAAAAAAACUAAAAAA